CUGGCAGCGAUCUCAUAUUCGCGAUCAGGCUGUCGACACGACAACAACCCUUCCUUUUCUAAGCUUCUCAUCGUAUCGGCCGAGCUAGUGUUUUUCUAGUCAAAAUUUUAGUGAUUCCUAGAAGGAGGUAGAAACAGAGAGAGAAAGAGAGAGAGAGAGACAUAGAAAACUGUGAUCGAGACAAGGAAAGAUGCAUCGAAACGUUGCGAUACUUUUCGUCGUUCUCGCUUCUCUCGUUUUGGCGGUUCGAUCAGAUGACACAUUAAAAUGUUACAUGUGUACCUCAGUUACGGACAAGGAUUGCGGCAACGAUAUGAUCAAAUCAAAGACAAUCGAGCCGAUCGAAUGUACGAUGGAAAAAAUGACCAAAUGGCAAACAAGUAUUCAACAGAACAAAUUACUUAUUCCCAUUUUCAGUAUUUUUGCCGUAGAUGAUCCGCAACACGAUCAAAGUAUGUUAAAGAACAUGGCAUGUGCCAAAGUCGAUGUUAAAAGUAAAGACAAUGAGAACAAAUUAUUGACGAUAAGAAGUUGUCAAACGGCACAGGCGGAAAAUGUUGAUCCUUGCACGUCGAUAGAAGGAAAACUUCAAGGUGCUAUGGAAUUUUGUGGACUUUGCGAAGAAAAUGGUUGCAAUGGUUCGAUGACCAUUUCCCCGAGAAUAAACCAUAUUAUUUUGACCGUCCUUGGAUCAUUCCUCAUCGCUCUAAUCCUUUACAGAGAUGCAUAACGUUCACCGUUCACGAUCACUCACCAUUUUUCCAAUUAAUCCGUAAAUUCAUAUCCACUAUCGUAAUCGAGUUAUCGUCGUUGCAUUUGCCUCUUUUUACCAUGGAAAAAUCUCUCUCCCUCUCUCUCCCUCCCUCUCUCUCUCUCUUUUGCAAGCGUCGAAAGUAAUUUGGCACGAUUCAACGAUGUUUUCUAAUUUCUUAGGAUAAAUCGUAUUCGAAAUUAGAAAUAUUAGUUGAACGAUAAACUAAUAUCGAAUCACGUAUUUAUCCUAAUCGAGAUAAGUUCAUCGAGAUUCAGAAUAAAUCAUUUGUUCUAUUGUUAUUCGCCCUGAAUCGAAUAAAUCGCGUUUACGCGUGUAUACUGCUAAUAAAUGUAUAUAUUCUACAGGGUAAGAUCAAAGUCGUUUUCUUCAAAAACCAUAAAAUUUGGAUCAGUUGAUAGAACGCGUCACUAUACAAAUGAAUACAUAAAAAUGCAUAAACAAAAGAAUUCGUUUAGAGAUUUAUCACGAGGACAGCGACUUUUAUUCCACCCUGUAUAUUAUGUACAUAUACACACAAAUAUAUAUAUAUAAUACAUAUA